AUGCCCGUCACGACCAGAAGCGCCGCCGCCGCACUCGCCCCCCUCAACGCCAACACGCCCGCGCUCCGCGCCGCCCAACGCGAACUGCAAGCCAAAGCCAUCCUCAUAGGCCAGCUCGACGAGUCCGAAAGGACGCUCACCGAGCUCGUCAAACGCAAGAAAGCCGCCACCGAGUGCGCAGUAGCCGUUCUCAAUAGUAUAGAGGAGCUUUGUGGCGGCAACGUCAGGCGGUACGCCAUGCGACAGGGCUUCAGGAUGCUGGGCGAUCACGGCUCGAGCAUGACGCCGCCGGGGAGUUGUGUUGUGUGGAAGAAUACCAGCGACACGAUCGAUGCUUACGAGAGGUUGGAGGAGGAGAAGGAGUCGAGGGAGAGGGAAUGGAAGGAGGGGAUGGAGGAGCUGCGCGUAGUGAGGACGAGGAGGAAGUAUGCGGUUAGAUGUUUGGAGGUGCUGAGGGCUUACUUGAUGGAAGUUCGGGAGAAGCAGCAGGUGGUGGUCUCUUUCCGAAGAAAACAGAACAGCGCGGCGCUGAUGGUACAAGAACCCUAG